CCUCAGCCUCCUUGGGGCCUCCUUGGGGGUCCCCAGAGCUCCUGUGCCUCGGUUUCCCCUCCACGCACAGGGAUGGCCGGCCUCAGCCUCCAGGCCCCUCCCGCUCCCCCUCUCCUUGGCCGCUGCAGGGAAAACCGAGGCGGCUGGUUCCAGAAAUCCUGCGGCCCGCCCCCGCCAGCCCAGGAGGCAAAAGCCUGAAAUAGCUGGGCGGGGGUGGGGCCGUGGGGGCCCCGGGCGGGCUGGGAGGGGCUCUUCUGGGUAGAGCAGAGACACGCCGAGGGAGGAGGCAGGGCCCCAGUCCGAGGGAGGAGGCGAGGUCUGUGUCCACAAGCAGGGCCUGGGCCGGGGGCGGGGGUCCCUGCGUCAGGGAUUCCUACAGCCUGUCCUGCGUCAGAGUGCGGGCCCCACCCACCCUUCAGGGAGGCACCUCAGGGGCUCGCCGUCUCCUGCCGGGUCAGCCACCGGGUGCCAACGGGCCUGCCACCACCCUCCCCGAGUCGGGACCUCCAGGGUGGGGGCGCUGCCUGAAUGACUGGUGCGAUGGCUCUGGGCUCAGAAGUCCUAACACCUGGGAAUGGGCAGGGCCGGUUCCCCCGGGACCCCGGGGACCCGUCGCCCCACUUUUCCAGCUUCCAGAGGCGCCGCAUCCUGGGCCCGCGGCCCCUCCUCAUCCUCGUAGCACAGGGUCGCCGGGCUCUCUGCCUCCCUCUCGUGAGGAUGCUGGGUCCCCAGGGCACCCAGAGUCACCCCCUCCUCGGGGGCCUUGACAAAGGUCCCCUCUGCCACGUGAGGCGACAGGUCUGCAGGUCUGAGGACCAGGAAUGGGGACGUCUUUGGGGACCUUAUGCUGCCCACCACACAGAGUCUCCUUGUCCCCUGUCCCGGUUAACCUUCCCCGGCCUCUGCUCAGGGCCUCCUGGGACUGUUGCACAGGCUGUGCACAAGGCACCCCGCUGAGGUGGGGAGGGCUGGGCUCCCCUAUGGCCUGGGCCCUUCUGGAACCCCCCUGGCCCGGCCGUGCUUCUCUGCACACAGGUCAUGUCACGGAGGGGUACAUUCGUGAGUCCUCUAGGUCAGAGGGCCCCCGCCCGUGGUGGGACCAGCGCUCUGGUCUCAGUAGACUGUCCUUUGACCCCCAUAAUGCCCCCAGCACCAUGGCCUGUGAAGGUUCCCCCAAAACACAGAGAGAGCCACUGCAGGGAGUGAUGUCCUCCCCCAACGCGGUCUGUCUGUCCCCCCACAUACUUGCUCUGCCCUUGAACCCUGCUCUGUCCGGUGGGUGCCACGAGGAAGGUUCAGAAACGGCUUCCCCACCGUGGGUCUGCCUGUGGCCCCGCUGCCUGGGGGUGGGGGAGGGGGCCACUGGUCACGUCCAUGGGGCCCCCCCACCCUGCCAUCCAGACCAGGGUCUGGGCACAGCGGGAGAUUCGUCUGCAACCUGCCGGCUCCCCUGGGCCACGCUUGUCCCCACGGGGGCUCAGUCGGGGACAGGGGGCCCUCCAGGACACAGUGUCUGCAGCCCCUGGGGCCACUCCAUUCGAGAGGCGAUGUCGGCCCUCGAUGCCGACCCUGGGACGGUGCCCACGCAGGAGACACGCGUCCUGCUCCCCCAGCCAAGGGCCACCAGGUGGAGCAGAGACUUGAAUGUUCCACGGGUGCAUGAUGGCCGUGUCCCCACCCACCCUGCCCCCUGCCUGGGUGACCAGGGCCACCUGGGGGGGCCCGCAAUGUGGGCGGGGAAGCAGACCUUGUGUGUUCGGCCUGAUCGACAAAAUGAACACGAGUUCCUCAAGAAGUUAAACACACGACAGCCAUGUGACCCGGAGGUUCCACGUCUGGGUCUGUCCCCAAGAGAACGGGAACCAGGGACUUGAAGAGAUACUGGCACCACCGUGGUCACCGAGGCACGAGUCACAACAGCGAAAGGGGAGCAGCCCAGGGUCCCCCCGUGGAUGAAGGACAAACACAAUGUGUCCAUCCCCACGCUGGAAUGUGACCCAGCCCCAGGAAGGAAGGACGUCCUCCCACCUGCCACCGCGUGGAGGGACCCGGAGGUCACUGUGCGCAGUGACAGGAGCCAGACACAGAAGGACACGUCCUGCGUGACCCCCCUCACGGGGGUCCCCAGAGGAGUCCCGUCACAGAGACAGAGUAGAUGGUGGGAGCCGGGGUGGGGGAGGGGGCAGGGAGUCCGUGGCUUCAUGGAGACAGUCUCAGUCUGGGGAGACGGAAAGUUCUGGAGGCGGGUGGGGGGGCGGGUGCAGGACAGCGUGAGUGUGCUUGAUGCCACUGAGCUGUGUGCUCGGAAAGGGUUAGAGUGAUACAUUUUGCGUUAUGUGCACUUUGCCAAGAUCUUUAAAAAGCUAAA